UAUGCCUGGGAUGCUAAUGAAGAGUACCUCUUCAAAGCAAUGGUAUCUUUUGCAAUGAGAAGAUAUUCCAGCAAGAGCACAACUCAAAUUUCCAAUGUGCUGCUCUGCAAUGUGACAGAUCGGGUGUCAUUUUGGUUUGUGGUCACAGAUCCCAAAAAUGUGACAACUGUUCCUGGAAGUGAGGUAGAGGCAGCCAUCAGGAUGAGCCGGAACAGAAUCAACAGUGCCUUCCUUCUGAGUGACAAAACAUUGCAGUUCCUGAAGAUAACCUCAACCUUAUCACCUCCUGUGGAACCCUCCACGCCUGUCUGGCUGAUUGUAUUUGGUGUUGUUCUUUGUCUCAUUGUGGCUGGAAUUGUUUUCCUCAUUAUUGCAGGGAUUCGGCAACACAAGAAAAAGAAUAAAGACUCAACAGAGAGAGAAAAUUUAGAAGAGAAAGGUGAAGCGUCAGUAACAGCAGAAAAUGGGAUUCCUUGUGAAACGCUGGAUUUAAAAGCAGGCCACAUUAAUGGAGUCUUUGCAGCAGAUGAUGAACGAUUCACGUCCUUAUGAAAUGCUGCUAUUGCUAUCUGGCAGUUUUUUGAAAGACUCUCAUGCCUACCUUAUCUCGUCACUACUCCUGAAUGUCAAACAUGAAGACAAGAAAAAUGUCCUUUCACUUAAUUUCCCUUGAGAGAACCUUUCACUGAUAACACAUACACUUGAACCUUCGUUACAAAGCUUUUGUCAUGAGGAAAGCAAAUGAGAAGACUUCAAAUGAUAUCCAUUAAAGAUUUCCAGAAGAUGUGUGUCAGAACAGGGUUGAAACCUGCCUUGUGUCAGGCAUUUAAUUUUUAAUGA